CUCUCAAUUAUUUUAAAUUGGCAAGCACAACAAAUUGCCGCAAAUAAAUAGGAUAGUAGUUAUUUCAGCGCAAUUUUUAACGAAACGUUCGGGUGCAAGCACGAGCUUCCAUUUAAAUGAGAUUUAACGGGUUAUUUUUAUUGGUUUUGUUCCUAAUUGUGGACGAUGGGGAAGCGAGGCGAGGCAGAGGAAGAGGACGGACAAAAUCAAAAUUUCAAAUUGGACUGCCAAUAACGGGGAAAUAUCGAGAUCCAGAAUCAGAUCAAUAUUACAACAAUCAAAACGGUGCAAAAAUAAUUUUAGCGUCUCAUUUCGAUUAUGAAUACGUUUUGGGGCAUAAAAUUGCUUUCUUAUGCGUUGCUAGGGGAAAUCCAAGACCUCAUAUCACUUGGUAUAAAGAUGGAUCAGAAAUUUUUUCACAUUUAUACCUAAACAUUCACGAAUGGCGUAUUGGCACAGAUAAAGUAAAAAGUAAACUGGAAAUUGAUCCAGCUACACAAAUGGACGCCGGAUUAUAUGAAUGCACCGCUGAUAACAUGUAUUCUAUCGAUAGACGGUCGUUUAAAACCGAUUUCAGUAUAGCAUUCGAUUAAAAAUUUUAUUUCAAAUUGAUUAUUGUCGAAUAACUUUGUAAUAUUAACUUAGUUUUUACUUUAAUUUGAAUAAAAAUAAAAAAAACU